CAUUCUACGAAAUCGGUGCCUUUUCUGUCAGUGUAUGUCCCCGUGAUAUUAUGCCUUUAAACGCAAUGGAAAAUAGCUGUAAAAUCUCUGUUAAGUACAUAUUAUAAUAAAUUGAAGCCUUGUGAAUACGUAUUGAACUAAAAAACCUCAAUAAAUAUUUAAAAACAUUUUUAAAAUCUGUCAAGUAUACCGGAAAACAUGCAUUUUAUGCAUGUCCCCACGUUAACACACUACACUUAACAUUGAAAAAAAGUGAAUAAAAUCCAUAUUAAUAUGAUUUUUUUACCAUUUCUGUCUGAGUCCAUACCCCACAUUUACUUUACAUACAUUUUAAACAUUGGAUAUAUAUAUUAUUUUAUUUAAAAAUGCAUUUUAGUCAUGUCCCCUGGUUUUCACUCAGUACUGUUACCUAAACACAAAGCCCCCCUGAAAAUAUUGGGACCACCCACAUUUCAUUUUUUCAAGAGGAAGUUACAUCAUUUCUGGCAAUCUGAAGGACAUGGGAAGACCAAAAGUAAGUUCUCUGAUGCUCUAGUCAAUAUUCUUGACAAAACUGUAACUAAAGCCAUGACUGGUCAAUCUAAGCAUUCAGUCAUGUUACCUUAAUUAUACCUCUAAUGUUUUUGUUAUUUUUUCUAAACAAUACGUGUGGUAAAUCCUUACAAUGUGUAGAGUGACCUUGUGCUACUAGCAUGACCUACACAUUGCUAUGUUUUGUGUUUUUGCUAACUUAAUGCUAAAACUCAUUACAGUUACUUUAAUUCCUGUUACUUUAAUGAAGACUGAGUAACGGUAACAGGACUGAGUAAUAGUAACAGUAAUGAGUAUGAUUCUCUGGUUUAUUGUAAAAUUGUUUGUUUAUCUAUCAAUCUAAUACUAUAGACAGGGCUGGACUGAGAUAGCCUGGGGCCCCUAGCCUACAUGUUGCUGUGGGGGCCCCUGGAAGGCAAUUUUUCAAUGCCAUUUCGAGGCAAGAAUUAAGGGUAAAAUGUCUACCAACAGUGCUCAACAUGAGAGAUGAAUUUUAUAAUUUUUAUAAUGUUCACUUUCAGGGGCCCAUGUGUAGGUGGGGGCCCCUGGACUGCAGCCAUAUCUAGCCACCUUGUUAAUGCAGCCCUGACUAUAGUUUGUUUUAUUAUUUGUCUGAAUUACAAGUCUGAAUGAUGCAUGUCAUCCACACAAGAUCAUGUACAUUAUAUGAAUGCAUGUUUUCAGGGAGCCAAUCCACCUUUGACUGCUGCUGAAAAGCAGCGGCGCUAUCGUGCACGGCGCGAUGCUGACCCAGAACGGAGGGCAAAAUACUUAAAGCAGGAAAAUGAGAGGUAUAGGGAGGACCUAGAGUCAGGCAGGAAGAAACCCAUCAAAGACGUCAGUGCCAGAGAGAGACGGAGUCGACGCAAGAAGUGGAGGGAGACGUAUCAUAGACUCAAAGACAGGAAAGCCCUGAGCGCAGAGCUAGCAGAUCCUGAGCUAGCAGAUCCUGUGCCAAGUAUUUCCAGGCAACGAGUCCAUGGAAAGAAGAGAACGAAGAAAACGAUGACCAAUCUACGCAAAGAAAACAAAGAAUUAAGAGCCAAACUAGCAAAAGAAACCAAAAAGAAAGAAUCGUACAAAAAACGACUUCAACGCCUGAAACACCAAGGGGCAUCUCCCCAAACAACAGCACGUGAAACAUUGGAUCAGCACUCAAGUACAGGCACCAAGAAAACCCUUUUGUUUCACAAGGCCCUUGUCGAUUCCAUCAAAAACAAAUACAAAAAGGCUAAGGGGGAGAAAGAAAAGCAACUCAUUGCAAGAGUAGUAACCGGGAAUAGUCUGCUGAAACAGUACAGGGUGCAACACCUGGCACAAGACGCAUUGGGCUUUUCAAAAAAAAGGUGGAAAGCUCCCAACCCAUCUGGCUUAGCUUAUCAAAGGAAGAGGAACAGAAGGAUCUCACCUGACCUCGUCAAUAGAGUCAGAUCAUUCUUCAAAAGAGAUGAUGUCAGUCGUAUGACCACUGGAAAAAGGCAGACCAUAACGAAGAACAAAAAUAAAAUGCAGAAACGAUUUCUACAGGACAGCAUGAAGAAUUUGCACUUGAAGUUUUUAUCGGAAGAAGAGCAUGUCAUUUCAUACUCAUUAUUCUGUAGGCUCCGCCCCUUCUGGAUUGUUCAUCCCACCCUAAGUGAUAGGGACACAUGCAUGUGUAAAACCCAUGAAAAUCUGGAUUUCAUGCUGCAAAAACUUCAGCAUCUCAAAGUGGUCAACAGUGGCAAUGCAGAGGCCCUCGUGAGGGAAAUCGCAUGCGACACUAACAAAAUUGAGUGCAUGUAUGGAGACUGUACCGUCUGCAAGGACCUCUCCUGUCCAGUUUCAGAAGAGUACAGUGCUGAGAGCAAGGUCACCUUUCUCCAAUGGGCAGUGGUGGAGAAGGAGCACAAAAACGACCCACUGUCAAAGUCUAAAGUCACACUGAAGCAAGAGAGCGAAACCACACAGAAUGAGCUCCUGGAAAAAUUCAAUGACCACUUGCAGCGAUUCAAACGGCACUUAUUUAAUAUAAGGCAUCAGUUCUCUCACUAUAGGGCUCUAAAGAGCCAAAUGAAAGCACAUGAGUGCUUGAUUCACAUUGAUUUUUCGGAGAACUACCUGUGCAAGUACAGUGCAGAGAUACAGGCUGUCCAUUUUGGGAGCAUCACAUCAACAAGCAUGUCUACACACUGGUGUGCUGUACCUGAGCACAACUCCCCAACCCAUCUCCUUUUGCACCAUCUCUCCAUCGAGGCAGAAGGGCCCAGCUGCCAUAUGGCAGUACAUGGCUCCAGUGUUCGACUACAUUCAAAAACAUCACCCUGA